AGCAUCUGAUUUCCGGACCAAAGCUUCCAGCCAGCUAGCUACCUAGCGAUUUGCCAGCAUCCGCCGAGACAAACGGAACUCCGCCGACAUGGCAGCGACCAGCCAGGCUGCCGCACCGCCCAGACAGGAGACGCUGUCGAGCAUCGCCAGCGACGAGGCCGUGCCCGACACGGACCCGAACACCACCGCCGGCCUGCUCGCGCAGCGGCUGCAGGCGUGGAAGCAUGCCGUCGUCUACCUCGAGGAGUACAUGGGGGCCGUCGAGAAGAUCCAUAAGGCGCAGGCGAAGGAGUAUGAGAAGGUGUUGAAGACCAUCUCGAAGCCCCUUAGGGAGGGGGAGCACUUCGACCAGAGCCUCGGCGGCGUGGCCGGCUUCUUUGAGAACAUGCGAGUCAACACGCAGGCGCUCAUCAACACCAACCUCGAGACGGAAAAGAACAUCAGGGGCUCGGCGAUUCCGGUCAUCGAACGCUUGCAUAAGGAGAUCAAGCACAAGGCCAAGGAACUAGCCAACGGUGCCGAGAAGGCCGCCAAGGAGGUCGAGAAGGCGCGCAACACGACCCAGAAGCACAUCGAGCUGCUUGGCCAGCACGCCGCCUCGUUCGAGGCCACCGGCGGCAAGGCCUCGCCCGCCGAAGACCCCUACGUCCUCGCGCGCGGCGUUAUCCACCGGCUCAACAAGCAGAUCAUCGAGGAGAACAACCAGCACAACGACCUCGUCGCCGUGCAGACCAACUUCGAGGCCUUCGAGCGCCACAUCGUCCAGGUGAUCCAGCAGGCCAUGGAGACCUUCAACUCCUUCACCGGCGGGCAGGCCCUGAAGGUGCAGGCGCUGCACGCCGACAUGCUCGGCGCCGCCCAGCGCAUCCCGCCCGACUUCGAGUGGAAGGCCUUCGUGCGCCGGUGCGGCGACAGCCUCGCCAACCCGUCGCAGCCGCCGCGCACCGUCGACGCCGUCACCUUCCCCAACAUGUCCCACCCGUCGACCAAGCCGCUGAUCGAGGGCUCGCUCGAGCGCAAGAGCCGCAACAAGCUCUCGUGGGGCUACCAGACGGGCUACUACGUCGUGACGCCGUCCAAGUUCCUGCACGAGUUCCGCGACGACGACAACCUGCGCCGCGACCCCGUCCCGGAGCUGAGCAUCUACCUGCCCGACGCCGUCGUCGGCGCCCCGCACGGCGACAAGUUCAGCGUCAAGGGCAAGGACCGGUCCGCCCACGUCGGCGCCAAGCUCGCCGGCACCGCCGAGCUCGCCUUCAAGGCCCACUCGCCCGCCGAGGCCCAGAAGUGGUUCGACGUCAUCCGCCGCGCGGCCGGCGCCGCCGCGGCGUCCUCGCCGAGCGCGAGCCUGGGCAGCGAGGCGGCGAGUCCGGUCGAUGCGGCUGCCGCGGCAGACAAGGAGAAGGGGGAGAAGCCCCGGCCGGUCGUGGCUGUCCCGCCGCAGGAGACGGGCAUCACCGGCGGCGAGACGGUGGCUAGUCCGGUGGCUGUUGCGGGGACGCCGACGGCGGUGAAUGGUGGUGCGGCCGCGGCCGGGAAGGAGGGGAAGGUGUAGGUUGGGUGUUACCACCAGAGGGA